CUGACACUUCAUAAAGCUCGCAACCCCACCCCAGUGUUUAGUAUUAAUGGUGUUGUUCUUAGUUCAUAGUGCAGCAAUAACAACUAUUUGUAAGCGAGAGGCUAGUGAAGAUACGGCGAUUCGCUCCUGUGCUAUCGAACUUUAACCAUGACACUUUUCCAUCUUCCAACUUUAAACUUCACGCCGGCCCAAGUGGCCCAAGUUUGUGAAACUCUGGAGGAAAGCGGGGAUAUUGAGAGACUAGGACGAUUCUUAUGGUCGCUGCCGGUGAAUCCUUCAGCGUGUGAGGCGCUAAACAAACAUGAGUCCGUUCUGCGGUCGCGGGCACUUGUGGCCUUCCACACGGGCAACUUUCGGGACUUGUACCAUAUUCUGGAAAACCAUCGAUUUCACAAGGAAUCACACGCAAAACUACAGGCCAUGUGGUUAGAAGCCCAUUAUCAGGAAGCAGAGAAGUUACGAGGCCGACCUCUCGGCCCGGUGGAUAAAUACAGGGUCCGUAAGAAAUUCCCACUUCCCCGCACGAUAUGGGACGGGGAACAGAAGACGCACUGUUUUAAAGAACGAACACGGGGUUUACUACGGGAAUGGUACCUACAGGACCCUUACCCAAACCCCACAAAGAAAAGAGAACUGGCGCAAGCCACGGGACUCACACCAACACAAGUUGGAAACUGGUUCAAAAAUAGGAGACAGAGAGACAGAGCAGCAGCGGCCAAAAACAGACUUCAGCAGCUUCAUCACCAACAGCAAGGAGCAGGGGGCUGCAGUACGUCACCCCCAAUCAGAGACUUGCCUCCCUCGCCCCCAUCGGGGAUGGAGGACGACGACGACGAUGAUAUCGAGGAGGUGCACGGAGCAACUAAGCUGCCCGAUCCACCACUCCCCAUGCCGAUACCUCUAGUAAUGAGAAAAGAUGCCAGACCAUCACCAGAAUCAACAACGGGAUCUGUGACGUCAUCUACUACGUCGUCAUCGUCAAUGUCGCCGUCACCGCACUGACAUCUAGUGGACAAUAAAAUGUGCUCAGAACAUUUUCGUGCAAACACGAAGUAGCUUCCUGAUUAGAGACAAUCAUGGUGGCGUCUAUGUUGUCAUGUGUCACAAAAGUAUAGCCACAGCCUCGUCUUCAAAGAAGGCGAUGUGUGCGUCAUGUGACACAGCGUAAAUCGCGUGAUAGGCUACAUUGUGUGUGACGUGAAUACACAAUGGUCGGUUUGCAGACAACAACCUAAAACGACUGAGAAGAAAAUAUAUUGACUGAAAACGAUGUGGUGUUCUUCGAAAGUUUUGAAUUUGUGUAUAAUGUACAUUUAAAAACAAAUGAUUAUAGAGAACUAUUCCAUGACUAAAGUGUGCUGGUAGUGUCCGCCGAGAUGGUCACUGUGCUUGUAGACAUUAAGAAUGGCCAUGACGAAAGUCAUUUCCUGUGUGUGUGCUUUCAAUGAAAACAGCAAAUCAAGUUAUUUUCUCAUGAUACUUCGCUUGGUAUUAUGAGGCAAUCUUGGUACAAAAUAUGUUUUAAGGUUUUAUUAAACUACAUUCUCGUGACAACCAGUGCUUCGAAAUACGCAGAUGACAUUGAUUUUUUAGGUGGCAAGUUAGUUUUAUUGCACUUUCCUUUUUAUGCCAAAGAUCUGUUAGACCCAUGGCAAUGUCUAGGUAUUCCGCUGAGACUUAAAACGUGUAAGGCAUUUCUGUUUUAUGCUGAAAAUCUUCCCUUGACGUCAUAUCACCAUUGACCAUCUGGAUGCAUAAGCUUGCAAAUGCCGUGAUUUGUGUCUGGCUUCCAUAUCAAGGGAGUACGAAAAAUAACCCGACGCAAAAACACUACCCGAGUCGCCUUAGCUACACGACCCCGUUUUAAGUAAAGGUAAACUCGGAUUGUCCCAUUUCGUUUAGAUGGUCAAUAGUAAAAAUAGUUUUAUCGUUUUCGUGUUUUCAGAGACUUCAAUAUGCGUCAAGUUUCAAAAUCGAUCAAUCAUAUUGUCUUUGAAUUUGCGUCACUUGAUUUGUAGCAGGUUGGUCAACAGAUAAUGUGUCAAGCGAUCUCGAAGGAGUUUAGACCCUGACUGCAUCGCAUUCGGAAGCAAAAAUAUACUUACGGGGUAUUUUACUGGGGAACUCAUGUUUGAAUGCGUAUGCUUUGCGUGUGUGUCCGAAAGAAGGGGCUGGACCUGUUGCAUCCAUGUUUCAAACAAAUUUCGUUAAAUAAUGGGUCAUAAUUUUAUUUCAAAUGUGAUACGAAUUCAUGGUAUUUCUCUGGCCAAUAUUUUUUGGCAUGGCCUUGCCCAAAUACAGUCAGGAAGGACCAAUGUCACCAUGCAUGCUGUGUUAGUUUAUAGUAGAAUCAGCUCUGUAAAUAUAGUUGGGAAAAAAUCCUAUCAAUCAGAGGAUGAAUCGAUGGGUUAUGACGUCAUUAAAUUUGUAUUUGUGUCUUAGAUAAAAAUUCAGGAGAGGCAAAUUUUCAGGUGAUAUAUACUUCAAAGAUUAUUCGGCCAUUCUGGAGGGUGACCCAGAAUUAUUUCCCCUCACACAAUGGAUAAAGAAUAGAAUUCUUUUGUGCAAGGGAAAAUAGUUCUGGCCCACCCUGUUUGUAUCAGUGGUUCUUUACCCAAACUACACCAUGUACGAUUUUCCAUAUUAAACCGUGUAUAUUAUGUCUAGCAGAGGUAAAAUUUUACAUCACAGAACCGUUUGCGAUUGACAAUUGAAAAUGAACGUUGGAGAGGUUAAGACUCACAGCUUUUAUUGAUACGUUUACUUUAUACGGGUUCAGCACGUAAUCAUUCGAUCAUUUCACGUACGUGUUUAUUCAUAUACGUAAUCAAUCGCGUAUCUACAGUAGUUGUGGAUCGAAAUCUCCCUAACCUAUGCCUUUAAUUGAACUUCACUGUAAAGCAAUGGCUUCCAAAAAUAUUUAUGACAUCUCAUUUUUCAUCCGAGGUUUGCCGGAAUACCCCCAAUCACUUAUGUUGAAACUGUAGGAAAUGCACUGAGGGUUCCCGCAAACUUAUGAUAAAAUGAACUUAACUGCUUAUUUCCCCCCUGAACAUGCGGAGAUUCGACCCUUUAGUCAUUCCCACAACAUGUAUUAGUAUUUAUCAGAGCUUUAACUCACGUGGUAAUGAAUAAGAGAUAUACACUCUGUAAUCCACAUCGGAAGAGUCUUGUUUUACAAUUUAAAUGUGAAAAACUAACGAAUUCAGAAUUGUCGCACAUUAUUUGUGAAGUGUUAUUCUUAGUUAUUUCCCGACGUACAUGACAACCCAUGAUUAUUCCGCACAUCGAACCCUGUAGCCGCUCUCAGAAUCUUCCACGAGAUACAAAACAUCCCUAGACCUGAACGAAUUAUUGACAAAACAUUUCAUAUUGUCAAUGAUUCAUACAUGUAAAUAUUUUUGUCUCUAUGACGUCACUCUAAUGUGGCUCCACGUAAUGGCGUUUCUUUGCUGAAUAGCAAAACAACUUUAUUUGCAUUUACAUGCUGUGACCUACAUUUGUCUUCAGAUGGAGGGUUGUAAUAAGUCUGCCAAAAUAUACACAACCCAAAAAAACAUGCGCAGAACCGUACACUGUAUCUUAUUGUGAAUAUUAAUGAACUCCUGCAAAUUUCUACAGUUGUGGGCGACUUCCUUUUUUGUGUCACGUGUCAUUAAUUGACGUUGUACCGUCACUUGUUUUCAAUGGGGUCUGUAUUCCUUAAACCCUGUGGUAUGAGAGUCAGAAUGUGCGAAAGUUAUUCAUUUCUGUUUGCCAUGUUUCGACAGUCAGAGGUCGAUGAGAUCUUCAAGCCACUAGAUGUUGCUGUCACACCACGAUGUCACAUUCAUCAGUAAACCCUUACACUUUAUAAAUGACAUGAAUUGCAUAAAGUUGUCAACAAGAGGAGAUGAUGUACGCACAAUCCGCAUAAUAAAGUUAGAUAUGUUGUACAAUCAUCAGUCUCUUUUACCUGAUCCAAAAUAACAUUCACUCUGAAAACGAGACUCUCUUCGCACGAAACUUACGUGUGGGACUGUUUGCUUAGUUUUUCUUGCAUAAUAAAAUAGAUUCGUAGGUGAGACUAUAUGCAAAUAUAUUAUAAGCAAUUCUGGGGUAAAGCAACAUUUAUAAGUUAUUAAUUUACCCAACCUAUGUGUUGCAGUGAUUGGAUGUGUUGAGUUGUUCACCACGUAAAUCCUCUUCUUCGUCUAGCACUCUAUUGAAAAGAAAUGCGUCACUGAUUUGUUAUGUAAGGCUCUGCGUUUCAAUAUACAUUACACAUGUAUUUCAAUUUCUUCCGACAUGCUCUAAGCAAAAUCAUAUUAACCAUUGGAAGGAUUACUUUCAUCAACAUAUAUGGUCAGCAAAGAGUUCAAUCAUCAUUAGAAGGAAAAAAUAUCUGGCUUUCUUCUUCCGUUAAUGACACGGAAAAGGUUUAUGGCGUUUCAGGGUAACAUUGUACUUGUUUAGGGUUCGCCGCAUCGCGUAUUAUUAUUGGUGGUCCUUAAUUUCAUGAGUCGUGUACAAAUCAUGUCCAUACGUUGUUAUUAUUCAAAUUAAAUACUAUGUUAAAAACACAA